UAGAGCUCACGAGCAAUGCGCGCAAUAUUUGUUGUCUUGCGCCUUCUUGCUCCUCUCGCGAUCGUCCACGGGUCCCAUGGCGAUGGAUUGGCAGUGAAGGGAUCGGCGCUGUGCGAUGCUGCGAUGUGGAAGACAGGGAAGGAUUUGCCAGGGUUUGUGGUGCCGCUGGUGGAUUCCUGGUGCAAUGCGGUGGCGCAGGACGCCGUGAGACAGGCGCGAGUGGCACGGGAGGAUCUCGCGAGCAGCAUUGCGGAGAAAGGUUCGUGCUGGGAUGGGCUGAAAUAUUGCGAGGAGAAGCGAAGGGAUUGCCAGCAAGAGUGCGAUCGAGAGAAAAUAGCGCUGGAGCUGCGCUUCGUCUCCGCUCAAGAGAAAUCACUGGCGAACGCCGCCUACUGGAAGCAAAUGUGUGAGAAGAAGAUCAGUAUUGCGCAGUGUGAGUUGGAGAAGAAGGCCGCUGCUACUGUCAAGUGCCAUGAAGAUCGAAGCUUGGUGGAGCUCAUGCCUGAUCGAUCGAGCUCUCGGGAUGGACAGGUCGAAUAUCUGGACGAUGCUCUAGCUUCAUGCAGGCUCCAAAACGCGUAUGCUAAUGCAACCGUGGGAGAAUAUGUGAGAAGGCUCGAAGACCAAGUCUAUCUUUUGUACAGGGUUCUUGCUGGUGGUGGGAGCUUCUUCAUGGUUUUGAUCGUUUUGUUAGUAGCGUUGCUCCUGCAAGCGUGGAAAGGCGGAGAAAGAGAAAGGCCACCGGGCUCCACAAAGAACAAACUUCGGGUUCUUACUCCCGCUCAAGCACGUCAGCUGUUAAUGUCAAUGUCUGAGGGCGGCAAUGGUUGCAGUAGAAGUAUUCUCACGUCAGUGACUCCUGCUAAAGGUAGUGAAGAGUACUUUCUGCUGGUUCCCAUGAACUGCUUCAGAAGUAGGACGUUUGCGCUCUUUGGAUGUGGCGGUGAUUUUUCUGGCGACGUUGAAGCGGCAAGAGAUACUGUGGCUGGUCAACCCCUAUCUAUCAUACUUUACGAUCACACGGGGCAUGCAUUUACGGAGACUGUUUUGGAAGAUCUUCAAAUGCAACCGCAGGACAUUGCCGCAAGUGUUAUUCCCAAGGACUCUGAUUAUCCGACCGGGCUAGACGUUGGAGUUCUAUGGAUAGACUCAACGAAUGUCUUUCUGACCAACGCUGAUGAAGAUUCGAUGUUAACCAACCAUUUGGCAGAACAGGCUUGGAUUAAAUACCUGUGUAGAUCUCGGUGACUUUGGUGAGGAAAGGAUAACAGGAAGGGGCAAGAAGCAGGAAAGAAUGGGUAGGCAGUUGCAGGAAACUUCAAUGGUUUACGACAACACCAAAAAGCUCGAAGGCGACAGUGAUAAUGCAUGGGCCUGAAAAAUCUCGAAUCGACUGGUCCAAAAGCUCCAAGCUUUCGAGCUCAACAAUCUUGCUUGCGACUUUCAUUUACAAGUCUCGAGGUUUACUUACAUAAGAAUGGUUUUGCCGGCGGCUUGUUUCUUGGGCAUAAGAUAUGGGAACAUGUUCUGUAGAUUCUCGUGGAGAAAAUUAUGUCGAGUGAGCACCCCGAUGA